AUCCAGCCCAGAACUCCUGCCGUAAGAAGACACUGUGCUAGACAGUAGGCUAUUCAUAGUUCAACGAUGGAAAGAUUACGCAUUGACAGAGACUCGGCGGUGGCAAUUGACGAAUACCUGGAGUAUCGGAGGAUCGUCGGGGACGAUGACGGAGGCAGGCUCUUUACCCCUGAGGAGUAUGAGGGCUACAAGAGGAAGGUGCUGCCGGCGCGACUGCGGAACAGGCUGUACGUCAGCUUUGGAGUCCCCGGGGGAAUAGACUGCAAGCUGAUUGGACCGGAGACGCCCUGCUUCUGUUCCCAUAGGUACAAACAGCACAAGACUGACUUUGAGGAGGUCCCCCCGGAGAGGCCUCUGGCACUGCCGUGCCGGGUUCCAGGGUGCAGGUGUGCCUCUUACCUGUACGUACACCUCAGCGGGUCGCAACCUGUGCGCUGCCGGUGCAAACACUCCGCCCAGGACCACAGUGAGGCUCCAGGACACCUGUGCAGGAAGUGCUCCGCCUGCUCUGGGUUCCGCAGCCCAUACACCUGUGGGUGUGGCCAGCCCGGCCACGCCCACGAGACCCUGGUGGAAACGCGGGAGGAGCGUCAGGCGCGGGGCAGGCCCGUGGGGCGGGACGUCCCGUACGCCGCCAUGGGGGGGCUCACCGGGUUCAGCUCCCUGGCAGACGGGCACCUCCGACUGGACCCCAGCGGGAUCGGUGCCCACAUGUCCACUGAACUGAGCUCCAGGUUUGAGGAAGCUUGCAGUCUGCAGACUCAAACUUCAGGUGCAGGUGCGGGUGCAGGUGCGGGUGCGGGUGCGGGUGCGGGCGGGAGUUCGGCAGCAGAGUGCGUGACGGACCUGAGGACCAGGGAAGAGCGGGACAUGGCGUACUUCGAGGCGCGCUACCAGGAGCGGCUGAAAAUGGAAAAAGCUGCCUCAUCAUCUAAAGGAAAAACAUCAUCUGACCGUUCCCACAGGAAAUACAGGAAGCGCAGGGAGGACGAACGCGUUUUACCCGCCUCUCUGCGGGAUGAACGCCAGCCCACCGCCUCGGACACGUCCAGCCUCCCGCCUGUGGGCCUCUGA